AUCAACAGUAAGUAUAUAAAGUCGAUGCUUGUGUGCAAAUUGAGCAGCUCACCUCGAUAUCAGAUAUAUCGUUCAGAUUUAUAUCACAUAAAAUCUCCAUAAAAGCCCUUAAUAUGGCUCUUGGAUACAUCUACUUUCUCGUAUUUACGGCGCUGGUAGCUGUCAACAUAAUUUUUGCUGAUGAUUCUCUCCUAUCGGAUGCCAAUCAAAUCGAUCUUACCGAGAGUGCCUCUCGACAAGCAAGACAUGCUCCAGAACCACCUCAAGAGAGACUAUUGUUCACUCAAAUAACUUCUUGCGAUUACUCGUCCACGCCUGGUCGCUACUGCGAAAGCUGCACACAGGCUGUUCGGUGCCUGCCCAGUGGCAAUGGAAUUGCUCGUACUUGCUGGGGAUUCUUUCCGUAUUGUAACGGGGGCUACUGUUCCUUCAUCCCUGGCCCUGCCUGCAACGCCACGACUACCGAAUAAACAGAGAAUAGGACCUACUCGCUACACUACUCAGUGAGUUUAUGUUGUAGAGUAUUAACCAGUUAAGGCUAGCCUUAGUUUUAUUGUAACUAAACAAUAAAAUUUAACAAAUACAUGUUUAAUAUUUAA